UGCAAAUUGUCAGCUGUAAAAGUCCGACUAGCGAGAGAGCUGCGCGAGCUGCGGCUCUGAGGUUUUCGUGAGGUACUGUCCGCAUGUGCGCGCGCGUGCGUAUAAAGCCGGAUUGUUUCUGCUUGCGCUGAUGUAGCUAAUCUUCGAGUCGGUGGGAAGGAACGAGUACCUCGUCCUCCAGAUGGAACACAUCAGGAUGUCUGCGGAACAAAUAGAGAAAAAGAAGACGAUAGACUUGAGGAAGAAGCACAUUGGGCCAUCUUGUAAGAUUUUCUUCAGCCAUGACCCUAUCAAGAUCGUGCAAGCCAAAGGCCAGUACAUGUACGAUGAAAAAGGACAGCGCUACUUGGAUUGCAUCAACAAUGUGGCUCAUGUGGGCCACUGUCACCCUGAUGUGGUGAAGGCAGGAGCUCAGCAGAUGGAACUGCUCAACACCAACUCACGUUUCUUACAUGACAACCUUGUACUGUAUGCUCAAAGGCUGCAGGCCACCCUGCCCAACAAGCUGUCUGUGUGCUACUUUGUCAACUCUGGCUCUGAAGCCAACGACCUGGCGCUUCGUCUAGCAUGGCAGUACACAGGUCACAAAGACAUCAUCACACUGGAAAAUGCGUACCACGGCCAUGUCUCAUCACUCAUUGACAUCAGUCCUUAUAAGUUCCACCACCUGUCAGAUGUUGAGCAGAAUCAAUUUGUCCAUGUGGCUCCGAGCCCAGAUGUUUACAGAGGCAAAUACAGAGUGGACCACCCUGAUCCUGCCUCAGCAUAUGCAGAUGAAGUCAAAGAUAUAAUACACAGAGUCCAUGAAAAAGGAGGCAAGAUUGCCGCCUUUGUUGCUGAGUCACUGCAGAGUUGUGGUGGGCAGGUCAUUCCCCCUGCCGGCUACUUUCAACAAGUGGCAGAACAUGUCCACAAGGCAGGGGGUGUUUUCAUCGCUGAUGAAGUCCAAGUGGGCUUUGGGCGUGUCGGCACCCACUUCUGGGCUUUCCAGCUUCAGGGAGAGGACUUUGUGCCUGACAUUGUCACCAUGGGAAAGCCUAUUGGCAACGGUCAUCCCAUGUCUUGUGUGGUCACAACCAAAGAGGUGGCAGAGGCCUUCCUGUCAGCUGGAAUGGAGUAUUUCAAUACAUUUGGCGGUAACCCAGUGUCGUGUGCCAUCGGUCUGGCCGUCCUAGAUGUGAUUGUGAAAGAGGAUCUCCAGGGCAAUGCACUGCGUGUGGGCCGAUACCUGACCAAACUGCUGGAAAAGGAGAAAGAGAAGCAUCCACUGGUUGGUGAUGUCAGGGGCCGUGGGCUGUUUGUCGGGGUGGAGCUUGUGAGGGACAGGUUUACUCUCACUCCUGCGACAGCAGAAGCCCAAGAAGUCAUAUAUAAGCUAAAGGAACAGCACAUCCUUCUUAGUGCUGACGGACCUCAUCGCAAUGUGCUCAAAUUCAAGCCCCCGAUGUGCUUCUCUAUGGAGGACGCUGACCUGGUGGUGGGGAAAAUCGACAGCAUUCUCACAGAGCUUGAGGCGGCGUUAGGCUUGAAGUUGCACAACGCAUUGAAUGUUGAGAAUGAAAGCACUAAAAAACAGCUGCCAGCUGAUGAAAAUGGACACCACUAUCACAGCGGGUUAGCACACAGCAAAGGAGUGAGUCAAGGAGUUCCUCAACGAACCAAACGCCUCAAGACAUAAUGCUGCUUAUGAACAGUCAGAGCUGUGAACGGAUGACUUUAUCUUUUAUAUAGUAUAGUAUAUAUAUAGCUAUAUAUAGUAUAGCUGGUAAGAGGCAUUAUUAACUUGGGAGGUGACCAAACGCUGGGGGAAAAAGUAAAGUCCGUAAGCAUGUAACCUAAAUUAAAAAAAAUAAUAUAUAUAUAUAUAUAUAUAAUAAUAUACUGUGUGUGUAUGAGACAGAAGUGUCUUCUCAGGUAUAAUUUUUGUAAUUACACUUAGGAAUCAAGCCACUUGUUCAUGUCUAUUUUGGUUAUAUAUGUGCAAAAACAGUUUCCUAAAUUAUGCGACUCACAAUGCUACACAACCUGUAAGUUUUUUAUUUUAACUUUUGCUAACAUUCACUUUAUGAUUUUCAGGGAGUGAUAACUUUAUAAAAUCAAAGCGUAUUGUGUCAAAACAAGCAACGAUGCCUUAAUGUGACUUGUGGUAUUUACGUAUAGCUUUUACUGAUUAUUAUAAACAUUGCUCACUGUAGUUGCAAGUGUGGAAUACCGUUACGCAUUUUGGGGUGCAUCAAUCUGUACUGAAUAAAAUCCUGGGUGAAAAAUCUUG